GGUUCAGAAAGUGCAACCUGCCUGGAUUGUGCCUGUGGAGUGGGAGGUGCGAGCAAAAGUUGAGGGUAUUUGUCAGGUGACACAAGUCAGCUGAUGCUAGGCCUUCAACUGUCUGCGACUGUUGGGUUGAAAACUCACCGAAAACAGUUGGGAGUUAGUUGUUGAAGGCUGUGAGUGUUGAGUGAUGGAGCUGCUGGUCUUGCCUGUUGUGGUGCUGCUUGCCAGUUGUGCUCUGUCCCUGGAUAAUGGCUUAAUGCGGACCCCUCCCAUGGGCUGGCUGGCAUGGGAACGGUUUCGCUGCAACAUUGACUGCGCCACGGACCCCAAAAACUGCAUCAGUGAGCGCCUGUUCAUGGACAUGGCAGACCGGUUGGCAGAGGACGGCUGGAAGGAGCUCGGCUACCAGUACGUGAACAUAGAUGAUUGCUGGGCAGCAAAGGAAAGGGACUCUCAGGGGCAGCUGGUAGCUGAUCCUCAUCGAUUCCCCAGUGGAAUUAAAGCUUUGGCUCAAUAUGUCCAUUCUAAAGGUUUGAAACUUGGCAUUUAUGCAGACCUGGGCAAGUUCACCUGUGGUGGCUACCCAGGCACGACACUGGACGAGGUUGACUUGGAUGCUCGCACCUUUGCCUCCUGGGGAGUGGACAUGCUGAAGCUGGACGGCUGCUAUUCAAACUCUUCUGUCAAGGCUGUGGGUUAUCCACUGAUGUCAAAGGCGCUGAAUGCCACAGGGCGCCCGAUUGCCUUCUCCUGCAGCUGGCCAGCGUAUGAAGGAGGUUUACCACCUCAGGUGAACUACACACUGUUGGGGGAGAUCUGCAAUCUCUGGAGGAACUAUGCUGACAUCAAUGACUCAUGGGAGAGUGUCCGGGGCAUCAUCAACUGGUAUGGGGAGCACCAAGAUGUGCUGCAGCCGGCGGCUGGCCCAGGGAGGUGGAACGACCCAGACAUGUUAAUUAUUGGGAACUUUGGCCUGAGCAAGGAGCAGUCCAAGACACAGAUGGCUCUUUGGGCCAUUCUUGCAGCUCCCCUCUUCAUGUCUAAUGACCUGCGGACAAUAUCCAGGUCGGAUGCUUACAUCCUACAGAACAAACUGCUGAUCAAGAUUAGCCAGGAUCCGCUGGGAAUUCAGGGCCGUAUGAUACUGAAGGGUAAAAAUGGUAUUCAAGUCUGGAUGCGAGUGCUGUCCUCGUCAACCAUGGCGUUCGCUUUCUUCAGCCAGCGCACUGACAUGCCUUACCAUUAUACCACGUCUCUGGCCCAGCUCAAUGUCACUGCCCCAAAGGUGUUCUCGGCACAGGACGUGUACUCAGGUCUAGCCCUGCAUGGCCUGGAGUUUGACACCAAGUUCACUGUCACCAUCAAUCCAAGUGGAGUGGUUAUGCUUUACGUGUAUCCAGGAGAGCAGCUGAAGCUGAACAGAAAGCCCAAAGCCUACCCACUGCUGCUGUGAAGGAGCCUCUAUCACUAUGGCAACAGAAGGCCCAAAGCCUGCUCUUUGCUACCAUGAAGCAGCACUAACCACUAUCGAGGAUCUGAUCUUUAAUUCCAGUUGGGCAUAUUAACUGUGAAUGCACAUUUGAUUUGCAAAUUCGGCAUAUUUAAUGCUUAAGGUGGGAUAUUCUGAAGGGGUCACUUAUCCACAUUGGCUUUUUUGAUGGUCUAUUUUUAAUUUAGUUUUCCUUUGAUUAUGGUGCUUCUGGUACUCAAAGGGUUAAACAGUCAGUGUGGAAGUCUUGCACUGGAUGCCUUGGUCACUCGCUGCCCAAUGACCGUCCAGUCUCUCAGGUAAAAGUGCGCAGCACUAUAUGGAGGCCAUUCAGCCCAGCUUAGAUCAUCCUCCAUACACAGAUCUAUAAUAGGGUGUCAAUCAAGCAGACUGCUUCAUCCUUCUUCUGGAUGGUGUAUGGGGCACCUAACAUUGUUAAGCUUGGAAUAAUAUUUAUUCUUUCUCUGACUGUAUGCAAUUCAUUAAUAAGUAUCUUCUUCUGGCCAUUCAAAAUCAGAUAUCCUGAUUCUACUGUUUCAACUUGGUGCCAACAGGGACUGUACCCUUGAAAGGCUUAGCCCCUCAUGUAGUGAAAGUAAACUUUGUGGUUUGGGCAAAUCAGAUUCAAGGGUACAGUAGCAUAAUGGUCAAAUUACUGGAUUAGCAGCCAGAGUUCGGGAACAUUGAUCCUGAGCCGUGAGUUCAAAUCCCACAAUGGCAGCUGGGGAAUUUAAAUUCAGGAAAAUAAAUACAUUUUGAUCUUUAAACUAAUUUCACUGACAGUAACCAUGUUGUUAUAAAAACCCGCCUGGUUCAUUAAUGACCUCCAGGGAGGAAAUCCGCUGUCCCUACCUUGUCCAGCCUGUGUGUGACUUUAAUGUGGUUGACUCCUAACUCCUCAGCUCAGGGGCACUUAGGGAUGGACAAUAAAUGCUGGUGUGUCCAGCAACUUCCACAUCGCUGGAACAAAUAAAUAAAAAUGAGAAAGAGAAGGUUGAAUUUCUGACAGUUUAAUUGGUUAAACUGGGGCAGAUUGAAGCAUUCUAACACUCGGGUACACCGGAGGUGAACACUGUCAGCACAAGAACAGCAGAGUCACCACCAGGCUCCUGCCACCCCACCAGCUCUAACACUGAACAAAGUCGUCCGUUCCUUCUGGUUCCUCUUAAAUGCACCAACAGUGUUCACUGCUCCCAACCCACAUGCUAUCAAGUUCCACAUUCCCACUUCUCUCUAGGUAAAUAAGUUUCUUCUGAAUUCCCUGUUUUAUUUCUUGGUGUUCUAUUUAUAGUCAUUGGUUUUGGAUUCUAAAUAAGAUCUUCCCAACAUCUGCCUCUGAGACCUCCAUAUUAUGUCUCCCCUUAGCCAUCUCUUUCCCAGAGAAGUCGGGCGCAGCUUGGUAUACAAUACUAGUUGUAUUGUAUACCAACUAGCUCUCAGUUCUGGUGCCAUCUUCUCAGUUGUUUUUCCUGCAUCUUCUGUGUCUCUCCAUCUUUUAUAACCUAGAGAUUGGGACUGUGCUCCAAAAUUUGGGAUUUGUUGCUGUCUUAGUUUCUUACAACAGCUCCCUGUGGUAUCCUUGUAUCAUUCAGCGAGCAGCUCUGACCAGGGACAUUCCAGCCUCAGACUCUUACAUGGGUCUGGACAUCUGCACUGGUGCAGUGAGGAGUGGGAGACCUUCACUGCGUGUGUCAUCCUGUACUCUCACUGUUGGUCCAAUGGUGCACGAGAGAUGUGCUCCACACUGCAAAUUGACAGCUCAACAGUCCUUUAGAAUCCCCAUUCAUUCAUGUCUUUGUAGCCUGGGUUUAACUUUCCUCUUCAGUAUUUAUUGCAAGGGGGUUGGAGUAUGAGCUAGGCUGCAGGGUAUUGGUGAGACCGUGCUGGGACUAUCAUUUCCGGUUGUGGUCGCCAUUCCCAAGGAAGUCAGCACUUGGUGGGUGAAGCCAAGGUCCUUGAUUUCCACGGGGAGAGGGCUGCUGAUGGAGGGCGGAUUCAGCGUGCGUUCUCUGAAGCAUAAACAAUUGAAGGGUGAUUCAGUGCAACAUAACGUUCAGAGAGGGCUUUCGUUUUUAAUUUGUUCAUUUACAGGACUACAACAGCCCUGGCAAUGCUGGGAUUUAUCCAGCCUUCCUUACCCCUGAACUAAGGGGGCCUGUUAGGAGUCAAUCACUUUGGUAGUCUGAGGUCACAUGUAGGUUGGACCGGGAGCAGACGGUUUGCCUUCCAGAGGAGUUGUUACACCAAUCUGGUAAUUUCAAGCUCCCAGUACCGAGAUUAGCCAUUUUAAUUCCCCAUUUAUUUAAUGACAAUUUAAACUCCCCAGCCAGUGUAGGUGGAUUCCAACUCGAGUCUCUGGAUCAGUGGUCCAGACUGUGGCCGCUAGUCCAGUAAUUUGAGCAGAGUAAAGCAUGAUACUGGUUCCUCCUCCAGAGAGACAAGAAGUGGUGCACAACCUCAGGAUGAGGGGUGACCUUUUUUGGACUGAGCUGGGAAAUAUAUUUACUGAAAGAGUUGUGAACCUUUGGAAUUUUGUAUCUCAGGGAGCUGCAGAUACCUCAGUUAUUGAAUGAAUUGGAGGCUGGUGUCGACUGACUGAGAGACUUUCAGGAAUUGGAGGGACUCAGUGAGGAAAAUAUUGUGGCUGUGUUUGUACUGAAUGGCAGAGUCAUCUGGGGUCUGUGUGACCUACGUGUGCUCCUGGUAUGUUACUAGAUUAGCAACUGGGGGCUUGGACCAACGAUCCAGGAAUAUAGAGUAAUACAGCAUGGAAAUAGGUACUUCAGCCCUUGAGGUCCAAUUUCACCAUGGCAGCUGCAAAACUUAAUAAACUGGAAUUAAGGAAAUAUCAAGUAGAUGUUUGGUAUCAGUAAUAAUGAACGUGAAAUUGCUAAAUUGUCAUUAAACCCUUCUGGUUUACUAAGGAGCUUUUGGGAAGGAAAUCUACUGUCCUUAUCUGGACUGGUCCACAUGCAGCUCGAGGCCCACCAAUGUGUUUGGUCCAUAAAUACCUCCUCAAUUCCAGGGCCAUUAGUGAUAGUGGUGUGAUAACGCAGUGGGAGUUUUCCCUUCAAUUAAAGGGAGAUGGUUCUUGUUCAGUGGGAGCAUUGCUACUGUUGAAUCUUGUUUAUCCUUGAAUGUUACAGCACAGAAUGAAGGCAAUGGGUUCCUUGUGUUUGUGCUGUCUGUCUGAAAGAGCUAGUCCAUUAGUCGACUAUGUGUAGAGUUCUGCACAUUUUUCAAAUUCCAUUAUUUGUCCAGCUCGCUUCUGUAAGUCACCAUCGAGUCUGUUUCCACCGCCACUGCAUUGAUGAGUGCACAUCAGGUCAUAAUAACUGACCAUGAGUUUUUUUGCCCCUUGAGUUUCUUAACUUUCCUUUUGUCAAAUUAUCUUUAAUCCCAAAUUUCACAAAAUCACCAGUCGAGACUUGUUCUCGUUAAAUUGCACCUUUUUAUUGCUUAAUAAGGCCCUGAGAUUAAUGGUGUUUCACCCCACAUCAGUGCAGCCACACUGUGACCGUGGUGGGAGAAUUUGAAUGCGUAGGGGGAUGGAUCGGGUGCUGAAGGGUGAGUUUUUUUUUGAUAUAUAGCAACAAAAAUCGUAUUGCUUUUAAAUCAACAUUUUGCUUCUGUGAAUUUGUAUUUUUAAAUAAAAUUUUAC